AUGGUGCUAAAGCUAAAUACAACUACGCGCUAUGUGGUCCUUGUGCUGUUCAUCAUCGUCGGUUUGCAUUCUAUUCUUAGCUUCACGCACGAGGGUUACGGGCGCGCGACAUCCUUCUCCAACGUAGCAUCCAAGCUUUCGUGGUCGUCGACGCCGUCGCUAGAUCCCGUUCCGGAUGCGUACUACACCCCACCGAACACGGCGUCAAAUUUGACUGGCACCCGAAGACACGAUGCAACACUAUUGAUGCUGGCUCGGAACAGUGACACUGACAGUGCGGUGCGCAGUAUACGCGAGCUUGAGGAUCGGUUCAACACGCGACACCACUACCCAUGGGUAUUUUUAAACGAGGAGCCGUUUUCAGAUGAGUUCAAAAAGAGAGUUAGCAAUGUUGCCUCGGGUGAGGUGUCUUUCGGACUGGUGCCCCACGACCACUGGUUCCAGCCUGCCUCUAUCGACGAGGAGCGGGCGACGGCGAGCAGGAACAAGAUGAUGACGGAUCAUAUCAUCUACGGAGGCAGUGUAUCGUACAGGAACAUGUGCCGUUUCAAUUCUGGCUUUUUCUAUCGCCACCCUCUUCUUCAGCAGUACAAGUGGUACUGGCGCGUCGAGCCAGAUAUUCACUUCCACUGCGACAUUACUUUCGAUCCAUUCCAAUACAUGGAGGAUAACAACAAGAUCUAUGGCUUCACGAUCACAAUGUAUGAAUACCUCGCAACUAUUCCAACACUAUGGGAGACGGUGAAAGAGUUCAUCAAAGACCAUCCGCAAUAUGUCGCGCAGGAUAAUGCGAUGGGCUAUAUGUCCGAAAAUGGUGGUGACACAUACAAUCUUUGCCACUUCUGGAGUAACUUCGAGAUCGCAAGCAUGGACUUCUGGCGCGGGGAGGCGUACUCUGCGUUCUUCGACUAUCUCGACUCGAAGGGCGGGUUCUACUACGAGCGCUGGGGUGACGCGCCCGUGCACAGCAUAGCGGUGGCGCUGUUCGUGCCAAAAGAUAAGAUCCACUUCUUCAACGAGAUCGGGUACGAGCACAAUCCAUACACGCAUUGUCCCCGUGGCUCCGACGCAUGGGAACGGGGGAACUGCGCGUGCAGCCAGGAGCGCAGCUUCGAUUAUGACGGAUAUUCGUGUAUGCGCCAGUGGGAUCGGAUAUGGGAGGAUGCAUCGCCUUAG